AUAAAAUGGCGUUCUCAUGAUUCAGUUCAUACCAAUACCAAUCGAUAGCUGUUUUCGCGCAUAGUAAUUUAAGUUUGUGUUGAGCAAUCAUCUAAUAUAUAACUACCAUUAAAGUAUUUUUAAAACAAUCAUUGGAAUAUAUCUUAAAUUUUUAUUGGAGUGUUCAAGAAAGCGGACGUCGCGACAGGGAUUUGUAUUUGUGUCGACGGUCGACGCCAUUUUGUUUUUGGUAAAUGUACCAGUUAUAAUAUUCUAGUUUUUAGGUUUUCUAUAAUGUCUGAAAAUAGAUCUAAGGAACCGCCAAUUCAAAGUAUGAGCGGUUUGCCCUGUAACAACAAUCCAUGGUUGUAUGGAUUUUAUAACAAUUAUCAUGGAUAUCAAGGUGGAAUGUAUCCUCAAUUUUACAAUCAACAACAGUAUUUUCCACAUUUGGGGAACAAUUCCGGAUUCCCGAAUGCGAUGCAUCAGUUCCAAAAGGACGAAGCUACAAAUGAGUUUGGUCAACCUCAAUUCUCCAAACCUCCUCCUUUGUUAGGUACCAUGCCUACACUUGAUUCCAGUAAUAGGCCGUUUGUCAAUCAAUCGCCAAUACGCUUCAAUCUCAACAAUAAUCGUAAAUCUGCGCCUUUACCUGCCAACGAGAAUCCCCUAUUAUCUAAUGCUACGAGUAACAAGAAAAAACGUAAAAAGGGUGAUAAUUCUAAUGUGGACGAUUAUUCAACAUUGCCUCCACUGCCGAGUCUUCCUCCUCCACUACCACCAUGUCCUCCUCCUGAUGAUUUGCCAAAACCACCUCCACCACCUCCUCUGCCAUUGGAUGUCCCACUACCUCCUCCAAUUGCCACAGAAGACAUUCCAGAACCCUCAGAUGAACCAAACAGAAAUGUUGAGGAACAACAGUCUGAAUUGAAAUUAAAUGAAGACACUACAAAUUUCUUAAUUCAAUCAUCCAUUCAAACAUCAGCUGGUACUUGGCCUGAUAGUCUAGAGAGAUAUAUAAAACGGUGUUAUGAAAAAUGUAAAACAACUUUUGAUCGUGAUCAAAUUGACAUAUGCUUAAAGGGGCGCAUUAUAGCUGCUGCUAACAAAGAUGAGAUUUGGACCAGAAAUUGGGAUGAGGAACCAAUACCAAGUGUACAUAGUGAAAGAAAUAAUUUACAGGUUAAACCUGUCCAGGGGUCUUUAUCAUUAUAUCAAAAGGAUGAAAGCCCACAGAAUAAUAAAUUAAAGCAACUAUUAGCUGCUAAAGCAUUCAGUGCACAUAGGACAAGUAGCCAAAGAAGAAGACGGCAACACUCACGAAGUAAAUCUAGAUCUCGAAGUCCUACAAAGAAAAGGCAUAGCACCUCAUCUGCUUCUGGGGAUGAAAACGAAGAGAAAAAGUCAUUAAAAAGUAAAAGUAGACAAAAAGUUAAGGAUAGAUUGUCUUUAGAUCAUAAAAAACCUGAGAAAUAUCAAAAAAAGAGUAAAAAAGUAGCUUAUAAUCAAUUUAAUGUUGAUGAUGUGCCAGGUAAUGCAGAAAAACUGCAAAAGCGAGCUGAAAGAUUUAAUAGUUCUCAUGUGCCAACUAUUGCUAGUUCAAUACAAGUUAGUAGACAUAGUGACCUCAGCCCACGGAGACCAAUCAUACAAGAUGUGGAAGGUGACUAUGGCCUACAUAACAUGCACAUAGUAGGCACAUGCUUUGAUAUUGAGAAAUCUUUUUUGAGGUUAACAAGGGCACCAGAAGCUUGUGAGGUUCGGCCUGUUUCGGUUCUGAGAACUUCAUUAAGAAAUGUGAAAGAUAAAUGGAUUGACAAGCAAGAUUAUAGAUAUGCAUGUGAUCAACUGAAAUCAAUAAGACAGGAUUUAACAGUACAAGGAAUAAGAGACAGGUUUACUGUAGAAGUGUAUGAAACUCAUGCUCGAAUAGCUUUAGAGAGAGGUGACCAUGAAGAAUUCAACCAGUGUCAGACUCAGCUAAAAAUGCUUUAUUCUGAAUUACCCGAUUGUAAAGAGAAUGAGGCAGAGUUCACAGCCUACAGAAUACUGUAUUUUAUAUACACCAGAAAUACUCUAGAUCUCAGCACAAUAUUUAAAUUCCUUACAAAAAAAGAGAAAGAGAAUGAAUGCAUAAAGCAUGCAUUGAAUACAAGGUAUGCCUGGGCGACAGGCAAUUUGCACAGGUUGUUCAUUUUGUACAAGACUGCACCACUGAUGGCUGGAUACCUCAUGGAUUGGUUUGCGGAGAGGGAAAGGAAGCUAUACUUGAAGUACAUCAUUAAGUCCUACAGACCAAAUGUGCCCGUGGACUUCAUCACUCGGGAGUUGGCGUUUGAGUCGGAGUCUAAAACACUUGAAUUUCUGAGUACCUUAUCACUGUCGUUCACCGGUAGUGAGCAAACUCAUAUUGAUUGCAAAGGCAGCCUUCCAUUUGCCAAUUCUAUGUAACAUUUUCUGUUUGUCAGGCCUCCUCCGUGGGUAGUGUGUUGUUGUGUGGUUAUGUAAAGCAGCAUAACCACGGUUUGGCUUUCUGAAGCAUUCCCUACCACCAGGUGGCCCGAGAAUAUUUUGCUAGGAUGAGUUGGCAAGUUUACAGUAUACUGCACAUUGGCACUAAUGAAGAUGGAAGAUUCAAGUAAAUCAAGGUAUGGCAUACACAACUGAAUGGAAUUGGGAAGUUAAGUGAAAUGGACUUAUUGUGUGAAGACUUUUGAAAAAUUAGGUUAAGUGGACAAUAUAUAGCAAGUUGUUUCGUUAAUCAUAUUCAUAUUAAUUAUAAUAAUUGUUGUUAAUGCCAAUAUUAAUGUUUGUGUAAAUGUUUUAGCCUGAAUGAACUUCCAAACUUAAAUAAUUUAUGAUUUGAUUGUAGAUAAUAAAUGUCGUACAAGUUUU